AUAAUCCUGCCUACUCACUGCCAGUGCAGUGUCUAGGGACAUACAGGGUCCCCCAGGCCAGACCCUAUGGUCCAGGUAUCUACCCCAGGCUGGUUCUCAAGCUUCCAGAGUUAACCUUUCCUCUGGAACCUGCCUAGGCCACGCCCCCUGAUGCAAUAUCUGGGUUUGGGCAGAAGGGAGGGUGCUGCACAGCCCGCCCUCUCUGAGCUGUCUGGGCCAGCUCCUCUUUCAGGAACAAUUCAGGCUUCACAACGACUCAGACUCCUGCAUUCGGAAGAAAGGUCGGCCGAGAUGGACAGAAUGUUUCAUUGUGGGGGGAAACAAGGUUCCAGGUCAAGCUGAGUCUGCCAAACACAGACCCUCAGGAUGGUUCUAGAAGAAAUCUCAACAAGGCUUAUCAUGUGGCUUUUCUACAUCUUGAUUCCAUGUUUGCUCACAGAUGGAGUCACUGUACUGCCUGCCCCUCAGAACCUCUCUGUACAAUCAACCAACAUGAAGCAUCUCUUGAUGUGGAGCCCAGUGAUUGUGCCUGGAGAAGUAAUACACUAUUCUGUUGAGUACCAGGGAGAGUAUGAGAGCCUGUACCUGAGCCACAUGUGGAUCCCCAGCACCUGUUGCUCAUCCACUGAAGACCCUGAGUGUGACAUCACUGAUGACAUCACUGCCACUGUGCCAUACAACCUUCGUGUCAGGGCCAUCCUGGGUUCACAGACCUCAGCCUGGAGCACCCUGAAGCACCCUUUUAAUCGAAACUCUACCAUCCUAACCCCACCUGGAAUGGAGGUCACCAAAGAUGGAUUCCACCUGGUUAUUAACCUGGAAGAUCUGGGGCCCCAGUUUGAGUUCCUUGUGGUCUACUGGAGGAGGGAGCCUGGUGCCAAGGAACAUGUCAAAACGAUCGGCAGCGGGGGCAUUCCAGUGCACCUGGAAACCAUGGAGCCAGGCGCUGCAUACUGUGUGAAGGCCCAGACAUUUGUAAAGGUCAUUGGGAGGCAGAGUGCCUUCAGCCAGGCAGAAUGUGUCAAGGUGCAAGGAGAGACCCUCCCUCUGGCGCUGGCCCUGUUUGCAUUUGUUGGCUUCAUGCUGAUACUUGUGGUUGUGCCGCUCUUCAUCUGGAAGACAGGCCAGCUGCUCCGCUACUCCUGCUGCCCUGGGGUGGUGCUCCCCAACACCUUGAAAAUCCCCAAUUCACCCCAGAAGCUAAUCAGCUGCAGAAAGGAAGAGGUGGAAGCCUGUACCAUGAGCAUGCUGUCUUCUGAGGAACUCUCAAGCCUGGAUCUAGCAGGCAUAAGGAAGGGCCCAGCUGAAGCUGAGAAACCUGGUCUGCAUGACACAGAAGCCAAGAGGGGAAAGGCUGUGUUUCUGCUCUCCUCCAUGGACAAAGGACGAAAGAAGUCAGAAGAGCAGGCUGUGCCCAUGUGUAGAAGUGACUGUCAGAGACAGAGUGGUUUGGCAGACAAAGCACUGAUGGGGCCAGGAGAUGUGCCUCUAGAACUGGGGCUAUCUGCCAUCCACUAGCUGAAUGACCCCAGGGAAAGUGAUUUUGUCUCUUUGGCCCUCAGUUUUCUCAUCUAUAAAAUGGGACUAAUAAUACAACACCAUCUAUAUCUAUGUCUAUAUCUAUCUAUUUAUCAUCUCCAGUACUGGCAGAGCUAUAGGAAAUUGGUGACACUGUACAUUGUGGUUGGGUCAGCUUUUCUGAAGAGCAGUAUAUAAAUAUAUAACAUGAAUAAUCACAGACUCUGUAUACCGGCUGGCUUGGAGAUCCCACUUUCCUAGAGGAAACCUUGAAGAGGAAAGGAAGGAUGGGUACAAUGGUGUUGAUUUCACUUCAAGCCAAAUGCCUGCCCAGCGGUGAAUGGCUCAGCCUGCUCUACAAUACAUGACCUGGAGGGAGGCCACAGCCCCAAUGAAAAUGGGAUGUGCAUGAAUGCUGUGGAUACAUGAAAUAUUAUAAAGGGUAAAUAGCGUGUGCACACUGAGGACAGCAGCUAAAACGUAUGUGUAUGAUGAGACGACAAUGCUGAAGGAUGUCAACAAUAAGUGUGAUGUUUGCUGUAUUCCUUUUUCUAGAGUUGUUAAAGUAUAGAACUAAUAAUAAAAG